AAUUUUGGUAGGAAACUUUUGAUUGGAAAAUUCGAGAAGAAAAGAAAAGAAAAGAAAAAGAGGGUGGGAAGGAAGGAAGGAAGUUUGGUUACCUGUUUGGUUACAAACGCAGACGAAACCUCUCCUCCUAUUCUUUUAAGCUUUAUAGAUCUUUUCUCAUCUACUUUCUCUGUAAUUUGAUAAUUUCUACAGAAUAGGAGUCCAAUUCACAGAUUGCGGGUAUGCGAUUACGCCGUGCGUAUCGGAGUUGCACGUUAGCAGUUGUUUGAGCCAGAGAACUCCUCCUCUCCCCACCAUUUCCCCUCUCUCCCUCUCUCUCCCUCUCUCUCUCGCUCUCUCUCUUACGCAUUAACAGAGAAGCUGAGAAGAGGAAGGAAGGAAGAAGAGGAGGUUAGAAUGGAUAGUCUGUGUCUCAAAGCGACAGGGAUUCACGGAAUGUCUUCUGGGUCGGCGAUCGGUGGUGGGAUCGCAGACGUCCGGACAAAUCCGUCUCAGGUGAGCGCCGUGGGCCGCGGGGCCGCCGCAACCGCAUCCGCCAAUGCGAUCUCGGUGGAGAAAACGUCGACUUCGUCGUCUUCGAGGUUCUUUUUCGGGUACCCUUUGAGGUCGCUGUGGCCCGGAGGAGGUCGAGGAAGGUCCAACGGAAUGGCGGUCGAAGACGCUGUUUUGGUGGACGAUGGACAGGUAGAAGGCGGCGAGAGUGAAGCAAUGGCGCCGGAGGGUCAAAACGGGAACUGGGUUUUGAAGAUUCUUGAUGUACGGUCGCGAUGGGCGGAGCAGCAGGGGAAGGGGGGUGGCGUUGAAGAUUUGGCGAAGGAAGGGAGCAGUGGAUGUGAUCAUGGUGGUGGUGAUCAAGAAGAAGAAGAAGAAGAAUGUGAUGUUUGUAGGGUUAAUGAGGAGGAGGAGGAGGAGGAGGAGGAGGAGGAGGAGAGAAAGUUUGGGUUUGAUAGGGAUUCGUUCUCGAAGCUGCUUCGAAGGGUGACAUUAACGGAAGCCAAACUGUAUGCUCAAAUGUCGUAUCUUGGGAACUUGGCUUACAACAUUCCCCAUAUCAAGCCUAGAAAUCUCCUUAGAUAUUAUGGAUUGCAUUUCGUAACUUCAUCACUGGAGAAGAAAAACAAGGAACUAUUGACGAAUUCUGAGAAGGAUCAGAAGUGUGCUGAAGCUACAGAAGCAGAGGAGAUUUCAAAGGGAGUGGUGGAAGGCAAGGAGCAGACAAAUAUUGGAUAUAGAAUCAGUGCAUCUGCUGCGUAUCAAAUUGCUGCGUCGGCUGCUUCUUAUCUGCAUUCUCAUACGAGAAGUAUACUUCCUUUCAAAUCUUCUAAAGACAAGGCCGUUGAAGAUUUGCCAGAUGGAGGCAACAGAGAAAAUGAUGAUGUCAAUAUAAUGAAUUCCGAGGUUGCUUCUUUUAUGGCAACCACCGACUCGGUGACCGCUGUAGUUGCUGCAAAGGAGGAAGUCAAGCAGGCUGUCGCAAACGAUUUGAACUCAUCACACUCGUCACCCUGUGAGUGGUACAUAUGCGAUGAUGACCAGACAGGGACAAGAUUCUUUGUCAUUCAGGGGUCCGAGUCACUGGCUUCAUGGCAAGCAAAUCUACUUUUUGAGCCUAUUCAAUUUGAGGGACUCGAUGUUCUUGUGCAUAGAGGUAUAUAUGAAGCUGCCAAAGGGAUCUAUGAACAGAUGCUGCCUGAAGUCCAAGCCCAUUUGAAAUCUCGUGGUGACCGAGCAACCUUCCGUUUCACAGGGCAUUCUCUUGGGGGAAGUCUGGCCCUGCUUGUAAAUCUCAUGUUGCUGAUACGUGGCGAAGUGCCACUUUCUUCCUUACUUCCUGUCAUUACGUUUGGUGCACCAUCCACCAUGUGUGGAGGUGACCAUCUGCUUCACAAGCUUGGGUUGCCUCGGAGUCACGUUCAGGCAAUCACAAUGCACCGAGACAUUGUACCUCGAGCAUUCUCUUGCAAUUAUCCUAACCAUGUGGCAGAAUUACUCAAGGCUGUCAAUGGAAAUUUCCGUAAUCAUCCUUGUCUCAAUAACCAGAAGCUAUUGUAUGCCCCAAUGGGGGAGCUUCUAAUUCUACAGCCGGAGGAGAAAUUCUCCCCACACCACGAUCUUCUUCCUUCGGGUAAUGGUCUAUAUCUUCUAAAUUGUCCACCAUCAGAUGCCGCUGAUGCAGAGAGGCUGCUUCGGGCUGCACAGUUGGUGUUCCUAAACUCACCACACCCACUCGAGAUCUUAAGAGACCGCUCUGCAUAUGGUUCCGAAGGAACCAUUCAGAGAGACCAUGACAUGAACUCGUAUGUGAAGUCAGUGCGGGGGGUGGUCCGGCAGGAGCUCAACCGCAUCAGGAAGACCAAGAGGGAGCACCGGCGAAAGGUCUGGUGGCCUCUCUUGAUACCACGCGGCAUCCAGGCUGGAGUUAUCGUGGAGAGGCCCCAUGUGACACUGAACAAUGCAAGACAUGACCAGUUCAACUUCUCUGGAGUUCUACAGACAGGGAGGGAGUCCUUGAAAAGGUUCAGCAGGCUUGUUGCCUCUCAGCACAUGCAUCUGCUGGUUGUGUUCUCAUUCCCUGCAAGGUACUUGCUCUUGGGGACAUUCAGUGGGAUUAGGUUUUUCCAUUGACUGGGGUUUUAAAAGGGUUUUGGGCAUGUGAUGUGGUGUGAUGUUCCUUUGUUUAGGGGUUGGGUUGGGCUGUGUUGUGCUGUACAAUGUAAAGGUGCAGGCACAGCCCAUGCACAUGGCUGGCAUUGAUUAUGGAUAGAUGAUUGAUUCUUUAUUCAUUGCUUUCAGAAAAGCAUCUCAUGUUUGCUGUUUCUCCCUAUGGGGAGGCUCUCAAAAAGGGUGUGUAGAAGAAAACAACAUUUGAAUAUAAAUGGAAUCAAAAGAAUACUACAUUAGUCA